ACAAGCAGUUACAGGUACAAUCACAAUCAGAUUCAGGUGAAUUUAAGUUCGUUUUGUCAUCCAGUCCAUCUGCUCCUCUGCAGGCCUCCAUGCCGAGCCCACCAAUCACGCAAUCGGGCCCAAGCCCAAUUGAUCUUUCUUCCUCAAUUCAACUACAACCUCCGUUUCAACGCCAAAUCCACAACUACCCUCAUCACCGCAGUCACCUAUCUACCACCGCAGUCACCUUCUUCAGCAGCUCCACCGCAGUCACCUCCACAGAGCAACGACGCAUCUAUUCAACUUCAAUAUAAGAUUCCUUCUCUUUCGUAAACCAAAGCAUGCAAGUCUGAUACAAACUUAAAGGGUGUGAAGACUGAGAGCCUGAGAGGUUCCCUAAGAUAGUGAGGAGCAGAGAAACAAACUCAUUCAAGUUAUGAAAAUGGGAGGCAUCAAACGUCGUAGAUUGAUAGUGGGAUCACACAGCGGAGCAGCCACCUACAUCAACCUCAAGAUCAAGUACUCCCUGAACGACAAUGAAGUAUACUUCAAUGUGAUGAGAAACUGUGAUCUGAGGAGGGUUAUGGAUGUUUCCUGUGAGCGACUGUCAUUGGAACUCAAUGAUAUUCGAUUCGUGUACAAAGGUCAUUUUGUUUUGGCCGAGUCGACUCCAGAUCAGCUGGGAAUGGAAGAUGGGGAUGUCAUUGAUGCAAUUUCGGUUAGACCACGCACUCAGCUCACUGCCAAUCCUGGCACGAUCAAUGUUUCAGUCUGUAGCCCGGUCACGCACAAUAACAGAUUGCACUUCAGGAUCAACAAAAGCACUCGACUGAUCAUUAGUCUUAUGAGGGCUUACUGUGAUCAAAUUUCAAUGCCUGUCGAUUGCUUUGCUUUUUUGUGGGAAGGUCGUCGUCUUCAAGACAAUCUGACCCCAGAUGAGUUGAAAAUGGAAGAUAUGGUUGAAAUUGAUGCGAUGCCGCACCAACCCGGUUGUGAAAAUUGUUGCGAGCUACCAUGGAACGGUAUACUGUAGGCAGUUACACUCGUGUUUUUGUAUUAGUUAUUCUUCAACAACGAUCAAUCUGUCUAUUUGUGACUUUGUGUGUUGCAAAUACAAUUGACAUUUUGUGAGAGAUUUUGAAUGUUAAAUCAAGAUUAGAUUGAAUGAAUUGUUUUUG